GACUUAUUCAACACGAACCUCUGCUAAGGACAGCAUGGGAAUGAAAAGUGAAAUCGAAUUGAGUUAAAAAUUAGAAAUGAAAUUUUGCAAUAAUUUUUUGCUAAUUUUGAAGUUACAAACUUUUUUCUCGUUAGUGUCGUCGCACGAUGAUGACUUUGGAGGGGAGGUCUACGUGCCCCCCUACACUCCUCCCAUUCCACCUCCUAAUUCCUACUUUGUUGAAACAUUCCAGUCUGAAGAGGAAUUCAAUAAAAAUUGGAUAAAAUCAAGUGCAAAGAAGGAGCACACAGAUGAUGAGAUUUCAUUGUAUGAUGGAGAGUGGAAGUUGGAAGAGCCAGUGGAUGCAGUUAUCAAAAAAGAUGUUGGACUUGUUCUGAAGUCUAAAGCUAAGCACCAUGCCAUUUCAUCCAAACUCCGACAGCCAUUCAUCUUUGAUGGUCAGACCUUUGUGGUGCAAUUUGAGGCCAAAUUUCAAAGAGGACUUGAUUGUGGAGGCGCCUACAUAAAAUUACUUAAUCAUUCAGAUGAUCUCAACCUGGAAGAUUUCACAGACAGAACUCCUUACGUUAUCAUGUUUGGACCUGAUAAGUGUGGCAAUGAUGUGAAGCUGCAUUUCAUCUUCAGACAUAAAAAUCCACUGACUGGAAAGUAUGAGGAGAAGCAUGGCCCAAAAGCGCCAGCAGUAAGUUUGUAUGAAGCAUAUAGAGAUAAACUGACGCAUCUUUACACAUUAGUGAUCCAUUCCAACAACUCCUUCUACACAAUGAUUGAUGACGUCGUCGUCACAAGUGGCAGCCUGCUGCAUGACGUCAAUCCUCCGGUGAAUCCUAGCGAGGAAAUUGUCGACGUCAAUGAUGUUAAACCGCAGGACUGGGAUGACAGGCUCAAAGUUCCAGAUGCCAAUGCAGUGAAGCCAGAAAGUUGGGAUGAAACAGCACCGGAAAUGAUUCCAGAUCCCAACGCGAAACUGCCGGAUGGAUGGCUGGUUGAGGAGGAGGAAUGGAUACCAGAUGAUAGAGCUAUCAAGCCUAAGGACUGGGAUGAUGAGCUUGAUGGCACCUGGGAACCACCAUUGAUUCUGAACCCCGUUUGCGAGACGGCGUUGGGCUGCGGCCCGUGGACACCCCCCCUUAUAAAUAACCCGAAAUUCAAGGGGCCCUGGAGUGCCCCACUCAUCAACAAUCCCAACUACCAGGGCCCAUGGUUACCUCGUAAGAUUUUGAAUCCCAAAUACUUUUACGAUCCGCUGCCCUACAAUAUGUCUUCCAUUGGUGCCGUAGGGUUGGAGUUGUGGUCCAUGCAGCCUGACAUCCUGUUUGAUAACUUCAUUAUCGCAUCCAGUGUCAGGGAUGUCAGGGCGUGGAGUUUGCAGACGUGGAAGCACAAGCAUGACCUUGAAUUUUCGAAGGUCAAGAAGGACAAGUUGAGUGUGGUUGAAGCUAUCAUCACGGCAGCCAAUGAGAGCCCAUGGUUGUGGGUGGUCAUCAUUUUCGUCAUCGCAUUCAUCACUCUCAUCUUCAUCAUCUUCUGCUGCCAGCCACCUCAACGUGCUGAUAGUGAUGUCAUCAAGAAGAACAAACGGAAGAUGAAUGACUUAAAAAGAUCUUCACCAUCAUCAUCAUCAUCGGCCCACUCCAACGUGACGUCAUCAAGCAAGUUUUCACGUGAUAACCUGUUGUCGGGUGAUGGGCAGGUUUGGAUGAGGACAGCUGCUGCGUCUGCUUCGACUUUUCAUCAGCGGAAAUGAUUCAGUGAUAACAACGUUAUUACAUUUUUUAACGUGUAAUAAUAUUUAUGUCAAUCAAUUAGUUAAUUAGUUAAUUAAUUUGUUAAUUGAUAGAUUGAUUGAUUUGUUGGUUGAUUGAUUAAUUGAUCAAUCGAUCGAUCGAUUGAUUGAUUGAUUGAUUGAUUGAUUGAUUGUUAAUUUUAAAUCCUAGUCGUGAUUUAUAGUCGUUAAUGAUCUUUUUUAGCGGUAUAUUCAUUUGUUCGCUGAAAUGUGUUAAUGUAAUCUUUGAUGGAUGUUGAUAUUUUUUAGUUUUUCUUUUUUCCCCUUUUCUGUUUAUAUUGUGAGUAUAUGAGUUUCACAGUUAUUUUUUUGUGUUUCUGUAUUCUAUUUUAGUUAAGGCACUGAUAUAAGUACAUGUUUACUCAUUCGCGCUUGUGAAUAAUAAAAAAAAAAAUGAAAAAAAAUUUUAAUUAAAUAAAUUAAUGUCAGUUCCUUUCUUAAUGUUUGUUAAUGUCAUCCGAAAUUUUUUAAUUUAUUGAUGUUAUUGACGUCAGAGACGAAACUCUUCUUGAUGUUAUGUAGUGUUAUUUUUUUGGGUUUUUUUCCAUCGUUAUUUAAUGUUCUUUUUUUUAUGCAUGAUAUUCUAGGCAUUCCAAUUUUAGGAUCUAUUUUAUUUUCUGAUCUCAUUUUGAAAGUUGGGCUUUCUAGUCAGUUGAAUAAAUUAAUGUCAGUUUUUUCUUUCUUAACUGUUCGCUCAAUAUUACGUCAUCAUCAUCAAUAUCAUCAUCAUC